CAUAUGUUAUGGGUCUUAGAAACAACACUGUUUCCAUCUCCCGUUUGCGCGUGGAGCUCGGCUCGCUGAGCGCGUGGAGCGUCACCUGCCGGAUGUUCUUCUUUCCUGCGUGCGAACUGGCACUAACCCAGGAAAGGCAGAAAGCAGUCCGGACAAAGAGACGUCGACAUCGGAGGAGAAUGUCACGAUGAGCCGGAGGAGAGACUGUCAGCGAAUACGAGCAGCGGAGAGCGUGAAACCUCAGAGGAAGAUUCGUCCGCCGGGCUCGGUCACCUCCUCGAGACACGGCGGCGAGCACGGUGCAUUACCACGGUGGAUGCGCUUGUAUUUCUACGGGAUGCACGGACUUACGCUGGACAUCGUUCUGUCAUCGGCGCACAGAUUUGUGUAUGAUAAUGACUUAAAACUGCUGGGACUCUCGUCCCCGUAUCUCUGCGUUGUACAUUCCAUUACUCAUUUUGUCCUGGAGAAAAUCUAUUUGCAAAAGAAAUCUUUUCAAGGACGUCCUGUCGUUUUUCACUGCAUUUUCUACCCGUCCUUAUACAUUGGCUUGCAGAUUCUGGUUGGAAAUGUUGUUACGCUGACAGAUAAGAGAAUCGUGUCGGUAACACAACUUGCGCUUCACUAUAUCCUGGCGCUGUACUUCACAAACGUGUUUCACAAAGGUUUCCUGCGCCUUCGCUAUCACGACGGCUCUGGCGAGCAGAGUGGCUGGAACCGACUGCCCGGCGGCCUGAGAUUCGUGUUUUUUGGAAUGCACGGUUUUUUGGACGAGGUCGUUUUCACGUCUGUGUUCAACCUGCUGGAGAACCGUGACCGCGCACUGAGCGGGCACACUUCCAUCUGGUCCUUCCUCAUGUACGGGAGCUGCAGCUUUGUGGUUGACAGGCUCUAUCUCCAUCUGCACUUCACACGCGGAUGGGGCAGGUGGCGCAGGAUGCCCCUCUACAUCUGCCUUAUCUACACCUGGGAGUUCUGCUGGGGGGCCGUACUGCGCCACUACGGUGCGUGCUCCUGGGACUACUCACACUAUCCUCUCAACUUCAUGGGGCUUGUGACCCUGCUUUACCUGCCCGGGUGGUUUUGUCUGAGCCUAUAUCAAGACGUGCUGUCCGACGUCCUUUUACGUGUCGUAUAUACCGAGGAUGUCGAUAUGUUUGGCUUUGGUGUGAAUGGUCGAUCGAUGUCAAAGAAAAAACAUUAAGCAACAUUCAGGGGUAAAAUACUAAUACUAUAUGUAUGGUGCUAUAAUAGCAGUUUGUCCACGCGGUUUCCUCUCAGAAACGAGAACUUACUCUUGCAGGAAAGACCACAAGAAUGUCGUAUGCAUGCAUGCAAGCUCGUAGAAACACAGCUGAACGCGCGCACUGCAGGACCCAAAUGGAAGACCCGCUGCCUCUCGAUGUGCGACGAUGUGUGGAAAACAUGAACUUCACCAAAAGAGACAGUGUGGAGGUGUGUGGUAAACCGGGAGGCUACUUCUGAGAAGCAGUGAGAGUGCAGGUGUAACUCUCAGUGGCCGCAGUGGCGGCGUUUACGGGGCUUCCUCGUGGCUUGGAUCCUCAGCCUAGUCAGAACAAUUCAGGAAGUUACAUUUCUCUGUGAACGAUCACAAUAUCAUCUGAAAAACGAGUCCAAAACGAACUUUUUAACGAAUUCAUCUGAUCUAUAACAUGCGAUUGUCUCCAGAUAAUCAUAUCAGUGUAUAUAUAUAUAUACACGUUAACACACACACUCUCACACACACACACACACACACACACACACACACACACACAGUAGCAAUUCUAAAGUGUGUUGGGGCCCACUUAGGGAAUUCAGGUUGCAUAUUGUCAUUGCAAACUUUGCACACUGACACUGCUGUUCUUUAAAGUGUGUCAUCUCUCAGAGUACCCCCACUAACCUGGGGCCCCUAGUAAUUGCCUGGUGGCAAGUGGCACCUCUGCGCACACACACACACACACACACGCACACAAACACAUACAUGCACACACACAUGCGCACACACACAUACACACACCAGUAAUAUAUCUCCUCAGUGAAAUUAGCGUAGCUGUGUGAGCAGCUUUUAAACUAAGGUUUUAUUAUGAAUCAUCAGUAAUGUAGUAGCGAGACCUCAAACUACUGCGGUUUGUAAGCUGUAUUUUGGAUACAGUUGACAGACACCAACAUUGAUCAGCUUUAAAUGUUCUCAAUAGUUUGUACAUUUGUAGUUGAACGCAUGUGAGAGUUUCUCCAGAAUUCUGUGUGUACUGACUGUAUGUUUGAAGAUUACGCAUUUUGCAUGACAAAACAAUCAUAAACUGACUUGUUCCUUUUACACUGAGCACUUGUAGCACAAAUUACUGUUGUUAAAAACUUUUACAAAAAAAAUGUUAAAUGGACUGAAUGAACAUUUUUUGCAAAGAAAUCCUGUUAAAGCUGUAAACUGACAUCAGCCGAGUGCCUUGUUUUUAUAAUCUCGGGCAGCUGGACUACAGGAGUCCAGUAAUCGUAUGUACCAGUGGUGUGGCUGUUCAGUAGUGCAGUUGUUCAGUGGUGAGGCGUCAGCCCUGAAGCAUUCUGAAAAUGCCACAGCACUCGUCCGAUGUUUAUGGCCUAGCGCCAGCGUGUGAAACACGCUGAGAUCCAGGCUUCUGUUUCCAGAGCAUGUGAUGAGCACGGUGUUGAAUGCUUGUUCUUUGAGCAAAUAAAGUUGAUUUCUAC